CGCGCGCCGCUGUCAAAUCGAAUUACUUCUUGAGUUACGAUUCGCUUUUAUUUAAAUGGAAAAGCAUUUUCCUGACUUAAUUAUCUCGCAAUUUAGCAAAUUAGCGACGGUUUAAUGAUUUGCUCGCACGAAAAUGUCGAAUAUAAGUCGAUGGGCACUCAGUAGGGCUCGAUACGCCGCGGUGAAUUUCGGUUGCUAUUUUUGUUUUGUAGCCCAGUUCCACGGUAAAUAUUGUUUUUAGUGACGAAACGCGUCGAUGGAGUCGUUUAUUUUUUGUUCUCUUUUCGUCUCCGGUGCAGUUUCUGGUCCGUGAAGCGGUUGCGAUUUUUACAGUGUUCUCCAUUGCAAAAAGAUUUCGAAAUCGCGUCUCUUGAUUCAUUCCGUGCCAAAGUGACCACAAAAACAGUUCCUGUGUGUGAAAAGCAGUGCCAAAUGUAUUUUUAUAUAUGUAAAUAAUAAGGAGUACUCUAAGUUGUAAUAAGAUGUUUGGAAAUAUAUAAAAAGAAGUACAUUUGUUUUUAAUACUGUGAAUAGAAGAGUAGAACAACUAAAUGGCAGUUUUGUACAGAAAAUCUCGUACAUUUAUCGUGUGGCAGUGAUGCGGCGGGUGUUUGGAGUGUGUUCCGAUGGCUGGGUACUCUGCGGUCAGAAUGUGAGCCGCCAAAUGUAGCUGGCUGUAUAGAUGUUGUCUGGCUCGCCGCACGGCUCGGUGAUGUCGUGCCAGUCGCUGGCGGCGCGCGCCUUCGCCGAGCCCGACAAGGACCCCGCGCAGUGCGGAGCCUUCCACAGAUCGGUUCGCUUCAGUUCAGAGUCACGCAGUUCGACGCGCGUCUCCAAUGAUACGGACAAGCGAGACACAUCGGGCAUGUCGGUGUCGGCGAUGGGUAUGUCGCCGCUGCCGGCCGCCGUCGCUAUGAGUCAGUCUGCGCCGCCGCCUUCCAUCUCCUUUGAUCUUCACGAUGAGAGUCCCCCGCCGGUGCCGUCGUGUCGGUUCCCCAAGUUAGAGGAAUGCGCGCACUUCCACUACGAGCGUGUGUCUCUCGGCGGCCUCAGUAUACAGACAGUGCCAUGCGAGGAGCAGUGCGAGGAUAACGACCCAAGCGACGGUUGGAUAUGCCUCCGUGUGCGGUCGCACGUGAGCGGCGGCGAGCAGGAGAGCGUGGUGAGUGCUGGCGCAGGCGGAGCUGGGGGAGCGGGCGAGCAGCACGGCUGGAGCGAGCCCGCCGGCUGCAGCGAGUGGACCCUCACACGCAGCAGGGACAACUUCCUCCAGCUGGACGAUAUGCUGCACAGAUGCAUCUACGACCGUAAGGUGUCUGGUCUGCCGAACCUUUCGGAGGAGGUGGUGGUGGGUUGCGAGGAGGCGCGCUACCAGCAGCUGAUUGGAGACUACGUGCACCACCUGUCCAUCAUCGCGGAUGACUCCAUCAACUGCGGGCCAGUACUUAACUGGCUGCAGAUGGAUAACAAGGGCCAUAAGUUACUGGUAGCCAAUGAAGACUCCAGCUCCAUAAACACGCCCGCAGUCGCCGCCGCUUACUCUGUGAGGAAAUAUGUGUCACAGGCCCGCGAUGAAAUCAGCUUCGAGGUGGGCGAUAUGAUAUCCAUUAUCGAUAUGCCCGGGCCGCAGGAGUCGGUGUGGUGGCGCGGCAAGCGCGGCUUCCGCGUCGGCUUCUUCCCGCGGCACUGCGUCGCCGUCAUCGGGGACAAGGUGCCCAGGCAUAUGACGCAGCCGCCGCCUAUCGUCGGGUCAGUGGCGAUGGCUCCCAUCAAGCCAGUCCUCCGCAAGCACGGCAAGCUGAUCUCGCUGUUCCGCAGCUUCAUCCUGUCGCGACCCUCGCGCCGCAGCCUCAAGCAGCAGGGCAUCCUCAAGGAGCGCGUCUUCGGCUGCGACCUCGGAGAACACCUACUUAACUGCGGACAUGAUGUGCCGUGCGUGCUGGCGGAGUGCGCGCGCGCCAUCGAGCGGCGCGGCGCGGUGGACGGCAUCUACCGGCUGUCGGGCGGCGCGGCGCUGACGCAGCGCCUGCGGGCCGCCUUCGACGCGGCGGGGGACGCGCCGCCGGACCUCGCGCCGCCGCUGCAGCGCGACCCGCACGCGCUCGCCAGUCUACUCAAGAUGUAUUUCCGGGAGCUGCCCAACCCGCUGUGCACGUACCAGCUGUACGAGAGCUUCGUGAGCGCGGUGCAGCAGCCGGAGGAGGCGGGCCGGCUGCGCGCCAUGCGGGACACCGUCGUCAAGCUGCCGCCGCCGCACUACAGAACGCUGUCGUAUUUAAUGCGUCACUUGCGGCGCGUGUCGCUGCUGAGCGCGGCGACCGGCAUGACGGCGCGCAACAUGGCCAUCGUGUGGGCGCCCAACCUGCUGCGCUCCCCCGCGCCGCAGCACGCGCUGCAGGGCGUCGCCGUACAGGCCGUGGUAACAGAGUUCCUGAUCUGCUACGCCGAGGACCUGUUCGCGCAAGACCAGGGAGCUGACUCCGGACCUGAUUCAUUAGAACAGGAUCGUUGCGAGUCGCAAGUGGAACUCCGCGGCACUGAAUCCUGCCGCCGACCUAAAAGCCUGCCUCUGAACCCUCCCACCAAGCUGCUGAGCUUGGAGGAGGCGCGGCGGCGAGGGCUGGGCGCCGGCGCCGGGCCCAGCGCGCCGCCGGCUUCGGGCGCCAUCGCCGCCGCCGCCGCUGCGCCCGCCGCCUCGCCCGCGCAGGACCGCCAGCUGCGCCCCGCGGGACAUCUCAAACCUAAGUACAUCGAGGUCGGCUCUGGGCCAAACAAUCUUCCCCAAUACCAUACCGUAUUGGACCUUCCAUUGUCAGGUGGUAAACGUGGUCUGAAGCGGUCUCCAUCAGGCUGGCGCGGUCUGUUCUGGCGCAGCAAGCUGCAGCGAGCGCGUGCGCCGCCGCAGGGCCCGCCCCCCGCGCCGCUGCCGCCCCCCACACAGCAGGUGUCAGUAGACGUGGUGAUGUCGGGCACCCUGCGGCCAGUCAAGUCGUGCGAGUCGCUGGCUUCGGACACCGACACGCUGCCGCCGCUCGCAGACCGCGCCAGCGCGCCGCUCAAACAUCACACCAGAUCGUCGUCGUGCGACUCGUACUUCGAGCCGUGGCAGGCGGAGCUGGCGCACAUGCGGCUGCGUCUAUCGCCGCAGGAGCGAGACAGACAUAUGUUCAGUGAGGAGGACGACACGCAUCUGCACCAUCAGAACGCACAGGAGUCAGCGUGGUCGACACCUGCGGACUCGGGUCCGUGCAGCGCGGCCGCCAGCCCGCGCCGCGCGCUGCGAGUGGACGUGCACGCCGCCACUGACCUCGCUGAGAGACGUCUCGCUGCGAUGGAGGAGCAGGUUGCGCAGAUGGGGUACAUCGACGGCGAGUCCCCGCGCGCCAAGCCCGCGCCGGAGAAGAGGCACGGCACUGCCGACCCCGAUCCCGCUAAGAGAAUCUGCAAGGACAGAGACAGUCCGCUGUCAUCGGUGGCCGAGUUCCAGUCCCCGGGCAGCGUGAAGCUCAGAGAACGGAACUCGCCGCGGAAAUGUAAGGCCGCGUCUCGCUACAGCGGCCUCCACCACCCUGUCCUUGCAGACCCUGACACCUCCCGCCUCACGUGGCACGGGAAAGACGGGCAUUCCACGCUCAUAAAGAUCGAUUGGCCCCUGGAGAACUCCGUCAGCAACCUCACCACCAGCACCAUCAACUCCAGCCCCCUGACCCCCGUCACUCCGCUCUACGACCCGCUGGAGAGCGACUCCGAGCUCAGCGACAGACACACCAUACAGAUCAAAACUGUGGAGUGCGAGAGUUGCGGACACGAGAAGUGCCUCAAGUGUGAACUGAAGGCCACCGACUACGAGAACAUGCGCCUUAACCACGAACAUUCGGAGGGCACGCAGCCCAGCCCCGCGCACUCCGCGCACUCCCCACACUCCGCGCACUCCCCACACUCCCCGCACUCCGCAGACAUCAGCUACCACAACCUCAACCGACUGUCCGCGCUCUCCGCCUCCUCCAACUCCGACCACACUGACAGGAGACGAGACCACGAUGCCCUCAAGGUGAUGACGUCAUCCCACGACUCCUCCUCCAGCUACUCCAACGCCAGUCUCCCGCGACCCCAAGACGACCUCUACGAGUGCUUCAACUUCUCCCGACCCAACUAUAUCAACCUUCAAUCCUCCAGCACCUCAAAGAGCUCCCCCGGAUCCCCCCUCAAGAGUCCGCUCAAAUCCACUAUCAGCAUCACAUUCCGCUCACCCACAAAGUCGAAAGCCUCGGACUAUGAGCCAAUAGACAAUAUAGACACGCCGACUAAUGAUAGAGAUUCCGUAUACGAGGAUAUAGACUUGGAGAAGAACUUGUCUAUAGUGGAAGAGGCUCCUGUGCCGGAGACUGACGCCAGCCUGCCCACGCAGCAGGCCUGCCAGCCGGACUGCGAGGACCUGAUCAUCCUGGAAACCCCGACUGAAAACACAUGCAUUGAAGACAACGUCGAUGUCUACAGUCAGGUCAAAUUCUUCAGGAAAAGCAUAGAAGAAGUCAACGCUAUGAUUCUAGAGUCUCCCGAAAAGGAUACUCACGAGGAAGCGAAUGCUAUAAUUAUGGAGGCACCUGAUAAAAGACAUUACGAAAACGUAGUGUUUAUAGAAUCGAGGGAUACGGAGUAUGAAAAUAUUAAUGUGGAUACUCUCAAAAUCUGUGAUAAAGUAGAUAUAAGCGAAGUCAACGAACAUAGAGCUGAACAAGAAAAUGAAAGUUUCGAAUGCGACAACGGGAAUGUUGUUAAACAGAAAACUAUGUCAAAGAAUCUCAACGUACGAGAGUUAGCCAUACGUUUUGAAAGUCCAACGGAACAGAAAGGACCUUUUACGUUCGAUAAAUUUAAAACUGAAAUCAAAUAUCCGAGCUUGGAACGGAAAGACGAUGAUAAAUGCGAAACCAGAAAGAAAGAGGUCACAGUCAAAUUGCCUCCGCCAGUUUCACCAAAAACGUACAAACUAUCUAAGAAUUCUGCACGUUCGUUAGACGAGAAUGCAUUUAUAAAAGAAUUUGGUAAUGAAACGAACGACAGACGGAAGAGUCUAGAAGUAAAAGAAGCUUCCAAGACGAAUAAUUUACCAGAUUUAAAUCUCAAUACGGAAGCAGAGACAAAACCCGACAGCAUAACACCGACCACAGAGAACAAGAUAUCGAUAGUACAAAGAUUUGAAUUAAAGAAACCGGAUUUAAAGAAUCUCAUUGGCAUAGAAACGGAAAAGAACUUGAGCAGGGAAAGGAUAGAGAAAUACAAAGAGGAACGUAGAAACUUCUUACGUGAAAAGUACAGUUCGCAAUCAUUCCGAAGUAACCCGGAACAAUUAACUAGAAUCAAAAUAAAGAAGGAUCCAGAAGAAAGAACGGAAUUAUGCGAAAGACUGCAAGAUGAUUUGCCGAAAUUUGAACGCAGGAAUACUGUGGAUCUCGGACAAAGAAUGAGGUUCUCCUUAGCAAAGAGCAGUAACAAUUUGGACACCAUACAAUCACCUGAAAGUCCAAUACGAGAAUUAGACACUAACCUAGAAUUUUCUAGACAAGAAGAUAGUAAAAGAGACGCCCGUCGAGAAGAAAGGAAAGAAAAAAUGUCUCCAUCUUUCAACAUACGUGAUAUGGCCGCAUUAUUCGAACAGAAAUCACACAACAGCAACGGUUGACAGAAAUAUAACAAAUAUAGCGUAUCUAAACUUGGAACACGUAGCUAGAAAUAUCUCGCAUUAUCUAUAAAAACGAGUAACGCAACAUAUCGUUGUCUCUCUCACUAUACAAAACAGAGAUAGCAUUAGUGAAAUGUGACGUCAGACACUAGGUUUAUUCGAUUUUCGAGUUUACUGUUGGGACCAACUUACAGGUUUCAAAUUAGCUCGAUUUUCAUAUAAACUUUUUAUAUGUUUUGAUAUUUCUAGUUACGUUGUGAAUGCUUCAAAGCGAUAAUUACGCUUGCAGACUUCAUAUAUAUAGUAUUCUAUAUUAAACUUGGCCCGGUAACUGUGUUAUUGCGGGUAUUACUGUCAAAAAGAUUUUCUGACAGUACUGUAUAACAAGGAUUUGACAGUUGACAGUUUGACAUUAACAGUUGCUAGUGAGUUUGUAAUUUAUUGUCAUGCUUACCGGGUCAAAUAAGUCUGGCGGACUAUACAACGUAUUCAAUGUAAAGGAAUUUGUAACCGAUCAUUUGGAUAUUCGACUCUAUUGCUAUUGCUUUUAAGCGCAAAAUAAUAUAUGAAGUAUUUUGUAACUAUUUCGAUGUCUUCCACAAAAUUGUGGUGAUGAAAAUAAAUUCGAUUAAAUUUAAGCAUAAUACAUUUUUCUCUUGUUAAUAUUAAAAUUGGACGCCUUAAUAGCUAAAUUUAUCGUGUUCAAAUAUGUAGUUAAAGCAUAGAUAUGUAAUCUAUAGAUGUAUUGUCUAAUAUACGUAAUAUGAAGCAAAAUGGGGCGUAAAAUGCCUCAACUGUAUUGGGGAAAAUUCCCUCAAUAUUUAAAAGAAACACUAUCUAUAGAUGAUAUAUCUAUGGAUAACGGCUUUUAGUCUUGUUAUAGAUUUUAAUUAUUUUAUAUUGUUAAUGAAACAUUUUUAUACGGGCCUAAUACGAGACAGGCGUCGCCGGGUAUGGGGCUAGCUACCCCUCUAUAAAUGUACAAAAUAUUAAAAAAAAAACUUCGAUUUAAACCAUAUUAAUGGUAGCUACCCCUCUCCCUAAGAUCUAGCCUAGAUUAUAGGUUGGCGACGCCCAUAAGAUAGAAUAUUCUACAUUAUGGAAAUCCUAGAAUACUCUACAAUGUUAUAGAAAUUUCUAGAAUGUUCUACAAUGUUGUGGAAAUUUCUAGAAUAUUCUAUAAUGUUGUGGAAAUUUCUAGAAUAUUCUACAAUGUUGUGGAAAUUUCUAGAAUAUUCUACAAUGUUGUGGAAAUUUCUAGAAUAUUCUACAAUGUUAGAGAAAUUUCUAGAAUAUUCUACAAUAUUAGAGAAAUUUCUAGAAUGGAAGUCGAACGUUUGGUAAGUCAUUGAGUUUUUGUUAUAUCUGAUUUGCGGUAUGUAGUUACAAUGUAAAUAGGAAAUAUAUGCGUUAGCACUUAGCUUAGGUAAAUAGGCGCGUUCACUAUUUGUAAAUAUUAUUUGCUUGUCGACUGUUUGAAAUAAUUUUGACUACAAUAAACUCUAAAAAAUCUGAUACUUUUAAGCGAAUUUCUAGUUUCAUGCAAGUCUAAAGGUUUCAAGCGUUUUUUUUUUAUUAUCGCAAUAAAAACCCACUGAAAUUUUUCUAGGCGUAAUGCCUGGUUUGCAUUAGGCUAGUAAUUCAGUCAAAUAGUGAUUUGGUAUCUAAAAAUCUUCUAAAUUAUUUGCUAAUUCAUUUGAUUAAAUUUAUGGUGUUCAGACACAUUUAGAUUACUUUACUACCUACUCUACUAAAUUACUAGUUUGGUGUGAAUUAGGCCUAAAUGGUAACACCCCGCGGUUUUUCGACAAGCGAGCAGUUUUGGUUGUCAUGUGAGUUGUUAUUUUAACUUAUUUGUUAUUCUACCGAUAAUUAAUCCCUCACAGAAAAGUAGUAUUAUUUAUAUUAAGUUUGUACUUGCAUGUUUUGUUGACUGUACCUCUGUUAAGAAUCUCGUAAUUUUUGCUGACGGAAUUUUCAAUGCAAAUAAACAUCUUCGAUUUUGACAGAAUGUACAUAAAACAGUGAAUUUGACAAAAAAUAUUUUACUCUUUAAUUCAACGAAAAUAUAGUUGCUUUCUCUGUCUAGUUAAAUUACUACUCGACCACAAAAUAUGAUACCUAAGCCAGAUUACGUCAUAUACGAUAUACAAAGAGUACACAAGUCAGCUUUUAUAAAUACUGCAUAUUUCAUGCAUAAUUCUAAAUUCAUUCUUAAUUCUACGUCUAAUGGAAAUUUCCCUAAUUAAAUCCUUAAAGAUACAAAAUCGUGUAUUGCCAUAUGUAAAAACUAAAUAUGCAUUUAUUUUUGUAAGCGAUAUUUAAAUAUGCUGUGUAGUGUUAGAGGUCUAAAUGAUUCGAUUGCAUUUAUAUGAAAAUUGCAUUUUUAUUGCAUUUGCUUUGCGUAAUUUGAUAAAUUCACUGAAGAAACAAAUUAAAAAAAAUGUUAUCUCUAACAAAAGUCAGACGGAAAUAUGCAUUUUUACAGACAUUUCGUCAGUGGAAAUCUACUGUUAGACGAAUCAUUAGACCCAACAGAUAGAUGUAUAGAUCAACAACUUUGGCCUGAUAGGCAUGAGUCAAACUAUAUUGUCUUACUAGCGCCAUCUUUUUAUGUCAUUUUUUAUCUAUGUACCUACAAUUUAUUGACGGAAUUAACCGAUAAUAUUGUCUUUUCUUGUUGAUUAGUUCUAGAAGAAUAUCUAGCAAGAUGAGGCGUUGAUAUCGCGUUUGUUUCUUUAAAAAAAUCUUUAAAAUUCACUUACACAUAGAAAAUUACAGAAUUUCACAUAAUUAUAGUACGAAAAGAAUAUUUGACAUUGGCGCUAGUGAGCUGUCAAAUUUUAGUUCGACUUCUGUCAACCAGUUAGAUUAAUUUGUUGGUCUUUGUAGCUACAUUGUCUUCAAUAAAUAAAGACAAUUAUAUUUGAAUUGAUCUAUGUAAUUUUUUAUACUGACAUUAGAUUUUUGCUGUUAGGAAAACCAUAGACGUCGUUUACGAAUAAAUAGUAAAAUACUAAGGGCCUGUCCCACUACUGGAUGAUACAGGCUCAGAUAGCUUAAAAAUGACGAUGU